GGACAACCAUCUCAUCUCACCAAUCCGAAAAGACAUCGAGCCAAAAUCAGAAACGCUUGAGAUGAUGUUCUCUGCCGCAGGAGACAUGCAGUCCGCGGCGUCGACGCUGUUCUCCGCGUACGCCUCGUUUGCGGCCUCGAUGAUGCUGAUCCGGACGAUGGCCAACGAUCUGGUUCCGGGCCCGGUGCGAACCUACCUCCAAUCGGUCCUCCAGUCCUGGUUCGCACCAGUCUCGAAUCAGAUCACGACGACCGUCGUGGUGGACGAGCACCACGGCGGGAUCAGCCGCAACGAAGUUUACGAGGCGGCCGAGGUGUACCUUGGCACCAAGAUAAGCCCCAACAACGUGCGGUUCAAAGUUGGCAAGGCUCCCAAACAGAAGAGUCUCAACAUCAGCCUCGAAAAGGGCGAGGAAAUCGUCGACAGGUUCGAUAAUGAUAUAGAGCUCAAGUGGAAAUUCAUCUCCACCGAGCCCCAAAACGGCCACGGGAAUGAAAAGCGGUUUUUCGAGCUCAACUUCGAUAUAAGGUAUAAGGACAGAGUUGUGAACGAGUACUUGCCUUUUGUUUUGGCUAAGUCGAAGGAAAUCAAGGACAGCGUUGACAAGGUGGUUAAGCUUUACACGAGAGCCGGUAUUCCUAGCGACAAUGAUGGCCGUCGUGGUGGUGGACAAGGGGGUUGGGGUUCGAUCAAUCUUGAUCAUCCGGCCACGUUUGAGACGCUGGCGAUGGACCCUGAGUUAAAGAAGACCAUAAUUGAUGACUUGGAGAGAUUUUUGAAGAGGAAGGAUUUCUACAAGAAGGUAGGCAAGGCUUGGAAGAGAGGUUACUUGUUGUAUGGCCCUACUGGUACCGGUAAAUCCAGCUUGAUCGCCGCCAUGGCAAACCAUCUUAAGUUUGAUGUCUACGAUUUGGAGCUUACAAGUUUGAACUCCAACUCGGAACUCAGGAGGAUACUUGUGUCCACCACCAAUCGAUCCAUCAUUGUAAUUGAAGAUGUUGAUUGCAGUGUGGAGAUGCAAGAUCGGCAGCCAGGGAUUAAGCAGCCAUACCAUCCCAACACUAAGUUGACACUCUCAGGUUUGUUGAACUUCAUAGAUGGUUUGUGGUCGAGCUGUGGGGAUGAGCGAAUCAUCAUUUUUACCACCAACUACAAAGAAAGGCUUGACCCUGCUCUAUUGCGUCCCGGUCGCAUGGACAUGCACAUACACAUGUCCUAUUGUACCAGUCAAGGAUUCAAGAUCCUAGCUUCCAAUUACCUCGGUAUCCAUCAUCGCCACGCGCUCUUUGGUGAGAUAGAAGGCCUAAUAGAAAACGUAGAGGUCACCCCUGCUGAAGUUGCAGAAGAACUUAUGAAGAGCGAGGAUGCUAAUAUUGCUCUUGCAGGAGUGGUCAAUUUUCUCAAGCGCAAAAAGAUGGAAGCCAGUGAGAUUGCGGAAGACAAAACCAAUGGACUGGAGGUACUACGUGAAGAAAAUGAACUUGAAUUGUGUGAAACAAAAAAGUUGAAAAUCCCCUGGAUAACAUCAGGAGGAAAUUCUGUAAGAAUAGCGGGGGAAGGGCUGUUAGACGAGGAAAAAGUGAGUGCUAGCUAGUUAUAGCCAAAAAAGAGAUGUUAUCAAUUCUUGAAUGAAGUACAAAGAUCAAAGGGAAAAGAGCAAAAGGCAUCACAACGCAAAGGAGAAUCCCAACUAGAUUGGCACCCACCCCGGCGACAAUCAUCAAUUUUACUAUCAUACUCAUCCCUGAUUUCCC